AUGGAACGCCAUUCAGCUCAAAUCAAAAAGGUGCCUCAGAAAAUGUCUCUGUGCCACAGCAUCUGCCUUGACAUUUUGCUGCGUCUCACAGUGCCUUGCCGGCCUGUUUUGCUACAGCUCAGCCAAUUGCAACUUGCAACUGAGCGGGGCAAUCUGAGAGGAGUCGUGUCAGAAGAGGGAAAGGGACAAAGCGCGGAAGGUCCACCACCAAGUUGCUGGGGAUCAUCAAAUUCAAUAUCUAAUGGCUCCAUGGUGCGAGCUGCUCAGACCAAGGCCAAACAAGUUGUGCAGAGCUUGGGCCCAGGAGGCGACUUGUGCAUCGAUUCGUGCUGGAUCGCGGAACAGUGCAUGGCCUGGACUGACCAGCAAUGGAAGAAGCGUGUGCAGUACAUACAAGGCUUCACAAUUUACGAGCCAAGCAACCAAGCUGCGGUUUCCGUCGUCCAUGUUCGUCCUCAUCCAGCGUCUUGUGAUUGCUUGGAUGAUGGAAAUAUCAGUAAUGCUGCAGGUAGCUGA